CAACUCCUUGAAAGCCACCCGCGUGUUUGCUAUCUGACAAAACACCGUAUAUCUUUUUCCACAAAUUUUUCAAUUCAAUUUCUCCAAUUUACCCUCCAACAUAUUAAUUAUAAUAAAAAUGAAAUUUGUUGUAUGGGUAUGGGUUUUCAAUUUCCUUAAAAAAAACCCAGAAAGGGAUCUUACAUGAAAGGUACUUGAAAAGAUUUAGUCUUUGAUUUCAAAGAGCAGAUUGUGUUUUAGGGUCUCCUUGAUCUUUAUUUCUGUGAGAGGAAAAAAAACAGAGAGAAAGAGAGGAAAAUAAUUAAUAAAAGGGAGCAAGAGGCGCAAAUGUUUGAAGGAAAAGUGAGCUCUUGUAGUUUUCCGGAUGAAUUAGUUGGAUUAAACUUGGCUUUUGCUUGCUUUGAUGCCAUUAUUGCUAUUCUUGCUUUUACUCAGCUAGCACGGAUUCGCUCAAGGAAUACACAGCUCGGAUGGACUCGCCAAAAAGUGUUCCAUAUACUGAUUGGAUUUACUAAUACUGGUUACUUCAUUUAUUUUAUCUUGAGUCUUGCUGCUGCAUGCCGAGAUUGGUUAUGCUGGUCAUACUCUUGUGGUUUUGUAGCCAUGGCCUUCCCCAGAAUUCUAUUAUUUGCAACAUUUCUUCUGCUUUUGUCAUUCUGGGUUGACCUUUGCCACCAGGCAGAUGAUGAAGAGGAAGAGGAUGAUGAACAGGGCUUUCUAGAAGCUUUAAUACAAAAUUCUUUAAACAGACCAAGGUCUUCAGUCGCAAAUGGUCGCAGAUUAUGUUAUCCUUUCCGUUUAAUUAACGUUGGAAGCCAUCAAAAGAUAGUUAUUCUGGUUACUGUUCUUGUAUUUCUUAUUAUGAUGACAUUUUCUGUGUUAAUCUGGAUUGGAAUGGAAGAAAAUCCUAUUGAUUCAUCAACCGUGUCGCAGGUUUAUGUAGAUCUUUUUGCUACAGCAAUACUAUUGCUAGGUGGAGCAUUAGCAUGCUAUGGGUUCCUAUUGUGUCAGAAAAUGAGGAAUGUUAGAUCUGAAAGAGCUUCAUCUGAGAUCUGGAAGGUUGCAGGUUUGGCAAUCAUAUCGGUUAUAAGUUUUACAUCCAGUGCUUCUGUGGAUCUUUUUACUGAUAUUCCGGUGCUUUAUCACUGGCGGGAACUGCACGUAGACGGUGUUUAUGCUUCUCUUUUACUGAUUUUAUAUUAUUUUAUAGGUUCGUCGGUGCCCUCAGCUUUCAUGUUAUGGGUCAUGAGAGAAUUACCGCCCAUGUCAGCGGCUAACGCUCAGGAAGAAUCAACAAGAGUAACUUUCAUUACUGAAAAUUCAGUUUGCCGUCCUCAGAACUGGACUGCCUCUGCUGGCUCACAGAAUCAGGCAUCGCGAGGUAGUCCUAUAUGAUUGCGAGGUAGUCCUAUAUGAUUGCUCUUUCAUACAUAAACCCGUGUGGUCCGCUUCCUAGGUGACGGGACCGGAACAAUUGUGGAUCAAAUAAGAGUGUUCUGAUUGCAGAAACAAACGGUAAUCGAAAAGGUUACGAUUGCUGACUUUACGGGGCGGUCGGAAUGCAGCCGGAAGGCUUGCCGUUGCCAUGUUUUGACAGUAAGAGAAUGUAAAUAGCAACGGAAUGGUAAAUGAUUUGGUCCCAUAGUUGUCCAAUUUUAAAAACAUUUGAUAUGCCACUUUUAGUCUUCGCCACACUCGUAGUGUAUUCGAAUGGUU